AUGGGGCAAAACCAGACUGUGGUCACAGAGUUUCUGCUACUGGGAUUUCCCCUUAACCCAAGGACUCAGAUACUUCUCUUUGGGCUCUUCUCCUUGUUCUAUGCCUUCACUCUGCUGGGGAACGGGAUCAUUCUGGGACUCAUCUUGCUAGACCCCAGACUGCACACCCCCAUGUACUUCUUUCUCUCACAAUUGGCCAUUGUUGACAUUGCCUAUGCCUGCAACACAGUGCCCCAGAUGUUGGUCAACCUCCUCAAUCCAGCCAAGCCCAUCUCCUUCACAGGCUGCACGACACAGACCUUUCUCUUUUUGGCUUUUGCUCACAUUGAAUGUCUUCUCCUGGUGGUGAUGUCCUAUGACCGGUAUGUGGCCAUCUGUCACCCACUCCGAUACUCUGCCAUCAUCAGCUGGAGAGUCUGCAUUACCCUGGUGGUAGCUUCCUGGACUUUAGGAGUCUCUCUGGCCCUCAUACAUCUAGUAUUACUCCUACCAUUGCCCUUCUGUGGACCCCAAAAGGUUAAUCACUUUUUCUGUGAAAUUAUAGCUGUUCUCAAACUUGCCUGUGCAGAUACCCACAUCAAUGAGGUUAUGGUCUUGGCUGGGGCUGUGUCUGUGCUGGUGGGACCCUUCUCAUCAAUUGUGAUAUCUUAUAUUCAUAUUCUAUGUGCCAUCCUCAGGAUCCAGUCAGGGGAGGGACGCCAGAAGGCCUUCUCCACCUGCUCAUCCCACCUCUGUGUGGUUGGGCUCUUCUAUGGCACAGCCAUUAUCAUGUAUGUUGGACCCCAAUAUGGGAACCCCAAGGAGCAGAAAAAAUACCUCCUACUGUUUCACAGCCUUUUCAAUCCCAUGCUCAAUCCCCUGAUCUACAGUCUGAGGAACAAAGAAGUCAAAGGUGCUCUGAAGAGGAUGCUCGAAAAGAAGAGAAUCUUAUGA